AUGCAAUAUGGACCUCAACAGCCUCUCACCCCAGGAGACCCAGAGAUUUUUUGUAGCUGUCCUGUGUCUAAUGCAGUCCAGGUCAUUGACGGGUUGAGAAGACGUACUAGAGUGCCACAGCCACCAGCACCACGCAGAAAGGACGGCAGGGCAGGGUGGAUUUGGGCUCGGGAGUGGCUGACACAGCGGCAACUACAUGGUGACUACGACCAGCUAGUACAAGAACUGAACAAGGAGGACCGCAAAGGACACAAGAACUUUCUACGAAUCUACCCUGAAUUGUUCGAGGAGAUGGUCGAAAGGCUGACGCCUCUGUUGAAGAAGAAGGACAUGAAGAUGCGGCUUGCACAAGAGGUGGGACUCAAGUUUGCGGUCACUCUCUGCCACCUGGCAAGUGGGAACGACUAUACAAGCCUGCAAUACAGCUUCAUAGUCUCCAAGAGUUCCAUAUGCCGAUUUAUCCCAGUAGUCUGCCAAACCAUUAUCGACAUAUACAAACCAGAAGUGAUGAAGUGCCCUAAGACACCAGAAGAAUGGAAUGACGUAGCAAAACGAUUCGCCUCCAAGUGGAACUACUUCAAUUGUGUGGGAGCCCUGGAUGGGAAAAACGUCACGAUCAAGAAACCCAAAGGUGGAGGAUCACUGUAUUUCAAUUACAAGAAGUUUCACAGCAUCAUCCUCAUGGCCCUCUCCGAUGCAAAGUACAAGCCCCUGUUCGUCGACGUCGGUGCAGGAGGUGCUGGUGAUGGAGGAACCUGGCAUAAGUGCAACCUGGCCAGGGACAUUGCAAACAACCGAGCAGGACUCCCAAAAGACAGAAAUCUGCCCAACAACGACGAACCCAUUCCCUUCCACAUAGUCGCCGACGAUACGUGGUUGAUGAAGCCCUACUCCCAGCAAUCACAAGAUCCCACCGAACAAAUAUACAGCUACAGAUUAUCUCGCACUCGUCGUGUGGUGGAAAACGCAUUUGGCCUGCUGCAGAUGAGAUGGCGAGUCUUUGGGAUGACAAUGCAACAGAAUGUACAGAGACUGUUGACCAACGGCGACAUCGAAGAAGUGGAAGGUCGAGGAGAGAAGUUCAGUGGUGUCGAACGUCCACUAGGAGUUGUGUACCCAUGA